UUCAAGACAAACCUUUACCUCUGGAGAGAGAGAGAGAGAGCUGAAGGAGAGGAAAACAAGAGAGAGAAAGUAAUCGAAGAGGAAAUUAAACAAUCUCCAUUUCCGCUGAUCUGGCUCGAAGAGGGAAUUCGGAGGAGGAUAUGGAAAAUGAUGAUUCUGAAUCGGGGUUUUGGGCUGACUUUGACAAUGGUGGCGGUGGUGGUGGUGAAUUAGGGUUAGAGGUGGAUGCCGAGCUAGCAAACGCGAUGGAGACGGACGAAAUGUUUGAUCUUGGCGGCGAAUCGGGCGAGAGAAGUGAGGAUUUCCUGCUGUGGCUGAAUGAGAGGAAGGGUAGGCAAGAUGAUGGGGCUAGUGGAAGUCAGGAGCUGAAAUUGGAUGUUAAUUUGAAUUUGGGAUUGGGUGGUGAGUCUUCGUCUUCGACUUCCGCGGCAAUGGAUGCUGUGAGAAGAGAGAGUUCUGAUCGCGAUUCGCAGAGUAAACGACCCAAAGUUCAUUCCUUUUCUCUGGACUGGGGCACUCAGUUCGAAAAUGAAUUUCAUUACCUUCAUCCACAUCAUGGCAAGUUUGAUGAUGAGGAUUUGCCUGAUUCUCCGAUUGGUGGAGACGAUGCAACAAACAAUAUUGAUGCUGAUAGGAUGGAUGAUGCGGAAGUUCUGAUGGAUCUGGCCGAUAGGAUAGAUGAUAUGGAAGUUCGGAUGGAUCUGACUGAUGACUUAUUGCAUAUGGUUCUCUCUUUCUUGGAACACAUAGAUCUUUGCCGAGCUGCAAGGGUUUGCCGGCAGUGGAGAGAUGCAAGUUCUCAUGAAGAUUUCUGGCGGCACCUGAAUUUUGAGAACCGCCACAUAUCUCUGCAGCAAUUUGAGGACAUGUGUCAUCGAUAUCCCAAUGCUACUGCUGUGAAUAUUUAUGGUGCCCCUGCUAUCCAUCCCCUAGCGAUGAAAGCCAUGUCAUCACUGAGAAAUCUUGAGGUUUUGACCUUGGGCAAAGGCCAGUUAGGAGAAGCCUUUUUCCAAGCAUUGACAGAUUGCCACAUGUUGAAGAGUUUAAAUAUCAAUGAUGCUACGUUAGGUAAUGGUAUUCAGGAAACCCCCAUUUCUCAUGAUAGAUUGCACGAUCUUCAGAUUGUUAAAUGCCGUGUGGUUCGCAUCUCUAUCAGGUGUCCCCAGCUCGAGACAUUGUCUCUAAAGCGCAGUAGUAUGCCACAUGCAGUUCUCAAUUGUCCCCUUCUGCGUGAGCUUGACAUAGCUUCCUGUCACAAGCUUUCAGAUGCUGCAAUUCGCUCAGCUGUGACACCAUGCCCACUCUUGGAGUCCCUUGACAUGUCAAACUGUUCAUGUGUCAGUGAUGAGACACUACAAGUCAUAUCUCAGCAUUGUAUACAUCUCCGCAUUCUUGAUGCUUCAUACUGCCCUAACAUCUCUCUUGAAUCUGUGAGGCUUAAUUUGUUGACGGUUCUGAAACUUCAUAGUUGUGAGGGAAUAACAUCGGCUUCAAUGGUUGCUAUAGCUUCGAGUUCUUUGCUCGAGGUUCUGGAGCUUGAUAAUUGCAGUUUAUUAACAUCAGUAUCUUUAGAUCUGCAACGCCUGAAGAACAUAAGGCUUGUACACUGUCGAAAAUUUAUUGAUUUAACUUUGAGGAGCAGUGUGCUGACAUCAAUCACAGUUUCAAACUGUCCUUCUCUCCAAAGAAUCAGUAUUACAUCAAAUGCACUCAAAAAACUAGUUUUGCAAAAGCAAGAAAGCUUAACGACCUUGGUCCUGCAAUGCCCUUCUUUGCAAGAAGUGGACCUCGCUGAAUGCGAAUCAUUGACGAAUUCGAUUUGUGAAGUUUUCGGCAGCGGAGGUGGCUGCCCCUUGUUGAGAUCAUUAGUUCUUGACAAUUGUGAGAGAUUGACAACAGUGAGUUUCCGCAGUACAUCUUUGGUUAGUCUUUCACUUGGUGGUUGCCGUGCUAUAACGUCUCUUGAACUCAAAUGUCCUUACCUUGAGCAUGUCUCGUUAGAUGGUUGUGAUCAUCUUGAGAGAGCAUCAUUUUCACCUGUUGGUCUCAAGUCAUUAAAUAUGGGAAUAUGCCCGAAACUGAAUGUGCUCCUUGUUGAAGCACCAUCAAUGGUUUCCCUUGAACUAAAGGGCUGUGGUGUAUUAUCUGAAGCAUUUAUCUACUGCCCUCUUCUUACAGCUUUGGAUGCAUCUUUCUGCAGCCAACUCAAGGAUGAUUUCUUAUCCGCUACUGCAUUUUCAUGCCCCCUUAUCGAAUCAUUGGUCUUGAUGUCAUGCCCAUCUGUUGGUCCUGAUGGACUCUCAUCUUUACGCGGCCUUCGCAGCUUGACUUACCUCGAUUUGUCGUACACCUUUUUGGUUAAUCUGCAACCUGUUUUCCGCUCCUGCUUGUAUUUGAAGGUUCUGAAAUUGCAAGCAUGCAAGUAUCUCAGUGACACGUCAUUGGAGCCUAUUUACAAAGGCAAUGCUCUCCCAGCUCUCUGUGAAUUGGACUUGUCAUAUGGGACGCUCCGCCAGUCGGCGAUAGAGGAGCUGCUUGCUGGUUGUAGGCACUUAACUCAUGUCAGCCUGAAUGGUUGUGUCAAUAUGCAUGACUUGGAUUGGGGUUUUCACAAUGGACGAUUAUCUGAUGUCAGCACUUCUUACGAGUUGUUUGGUGGCUCGUCCGGGGAAAAUGAUAUGCUUCUGCCUGAGCACGAACCUAACCGCCUGCUCCAGAAUCUUAACUGUGUCUGCUGUCCAAAUAUCAAGAAGGUGGUUAUUCCUCCUACCGCGAGAUGUUUCCAUCUAUCAUCUUUGAAUCUUUCCUUGUCAUCAAACUUGAAGGAAGUCGACAUAUCAUGCUGCAAUUUGCUCUUUCUCAACUUGAGCAAUUGUAACUCGUUGGAGAUUUUGAAGCUCGAUUGUCCACGUUUAACCAGUCUUUUUCUUCAGUCUUGUAGCAUUGACGAGGAAGCUGUCGAAACGGCUAUAAUUCAUUGCAGUGUGCUGGAGACACUUGAUGUCCGUUUUUGUCCAAAGAUAUCUCCACUGAGCAUGAGUACACUACGCCAGGCAUGCCCGAGUUUGAAGCGGAUCUUCAGCAGCUUAGCAGCGACGUGAUGCAGUAAGAAAUUACUACUCCUACUGUAUAAGAUAUUGAUGCUAAUAGAGCAACGACGCGAGCCUGUCCUGUCACUGUACAUACUGAGUUUUGCCUUUCUUAGGGCUUAGGAUAUAAGUACUAUGUUAGGUUCUUGGUGAUUAGGAAUAUUUUUACUCCAGUUUUUUUCCUGUGUGUGAUCACUCUAUUGUUAGUUUUGUAAGCUUUAAUCUAUUCAACUUUGACUCUUUUACUCUA